AUGGACAACAAAAAUAUCCGUAGCAUCUACAGACAGUACAAGAAUGACACUGACUCCUUGGCCUCCUGGCUAGCUUCCACAGCUAGACACCACGGCUAUCCGUUGGACCUCUCGCCCAGGAAUCAAGGAAACACAUCCACCCCAAACUCCACCGGAAGGCUCAAGGGUAAAGCACGACGAGAAGCGCGCAAUGCUGCACCUUCAGCCGCCAAGUACAUCAUCCCUCUGCACGACUUCACGCAACUGGCCAACUUCAUCGCCAAGAAACGCCCGCCCGUUGUCAUCCCAUCCUCACUCGUCUCGACAAUCGACCGGCUGAUUAACCUCCGCGUUGGGUUUGCCAAGCUUCUGGCACGUCACGGCCAAGCAUUUAGCUCCGAGUCCGAAGCGAGGCAUGACUACUUCGUCAAUAUCCUACGGGGCGUGAGAACUAUUCUUCAACCUCAUCCUUCUCCUCCCGGGGGUGCCUUUCUGAACCGAUUCUCCGUCCUGUCUGUCGAUGAGCCCAGUCAGGGUUUCCUUGAGAGAUUCGCCAAGGAGUGCGACCACGCCGCCCGGCCCUCACAACAGGCAGAUGACCCUGGAGUUUUCGAGGCAGGCACCCAGGCAUCAGAGGAGGAGCUGAUGUUUUUGUGCAGUUCGCUGUUGAGGGACUUGAAUGAAAUCCGAUCCUCCAUCCACCCCAUGUGGCCCCAGAAAGAAACAACCUGGGAUCCCGCCGCUUUCUCCAUCUCCACUAACGUUGCAGUAUCACUCGGCCGCGGCCUUAUUGAUGAAGUUGAGCCGCUCCUGGAGAAGGCCAAAGGAGGAUCGAUGUUCAUGAUGGAAACAAUGGCAUCAGUUAUGGAGAAAACAGCCAAGGACACAGCCGAACUGACACCCCCAGUCGCUACAGGUAGCCUGAGCGGUGCGAUGCAGGAAGCAGUCCAGCGCAUAAGAGAUCCAUACUUCUCAUCUUUCAGCAACUCAAUUCGAUCCCUCAAGGCGCAGCAUGAAGCAAUGACCAUCCGCGAUGGGUUUAUUAUCUCACCCCGCGAUGCCGACCAGAUUGAUCUCACUCGUCUGCCCAGCGUUUGUUCCAAAGAAGACUGGUUUGACCAAGAUGCGUUGCGCAUUGAGCACUAUUUCUGUGAUAUGAUGCUGGUGCUCCAGACAAUGGGCGGGUUUCCCGUUGAGGAUGAGCUCUUCCGAGCAGUGAAAAGGUACAAGAAUACAAGCAAGGUGUCCAUGUCCCUGGUGUUUGCGUUCCAGAUAUUUCUUGACAUCAGCCACCUGACGGAAGAAUCGUUUCCAUCUAGAUUCGAGCAGGCGAAAACCGAGAUGGAGAAUAGUUUAUGCGACGUCGAAGAAUGUUCCCUAGUCAUAAAAGGACUUGUCCAUGUGUCCCCCGACGAAUGCAGGGCUGCUCUAGCCAACCUUGAUGGCGUCCGCGCACAUGUGAAAUCAUUCACAGACGACAAGGUCUUCCAAGAAAAGAAGCGCAUCUCCAAAGUGACAGAUUACGAUCCCCCAGAGUCGGUUCGGCACCGAAUCUUCCGCUACUCGCCACUCCUCUGCGGCCUUUAUCUCUUCUUUUUUCGAGCCUGUUUUAGUACAAUCGCCCUUCGAGACGAUCCGGCACCCUUUAUAGCAUGUGCACAUAUUUACCACGCUCUUCAGAGGGAACAGCUCCUUAAUUGCUGCUGGUCAGACAUGGACACAGCGAUAGCGCUGCUUGGAGACAACAGUUUUUGGAUGGGCGGCAAGAGGCCAGAGACACGCUUCGACUACUGGAAAGCGAUUCUUUUACAAUCUGGAGUCUCCCCUUCGUGGUUUUCUAAGAACACGAGGCCCAAUACCAGCAGACCUUCCGGAUCCACCUCCAACAGAAGGCCAGUGUACAGCAAGGCGAGUACAUCGCUGGAUUUCCCCAUGGACACUAUUCGUCCUUAUGAAUCUCUGCGGAGCAUGACACAUGCAAUGCCGGGUGCCGCUACAGACAGGGAAGAGUUCGUCUGGACGCCCGCGGAAGUCAAAACCUUGCUGGUGGGGAGAUCCGGGGCCGUGAGGCAUGGUUGGCGAGAGCACAGGUUCCUAGAAUCCAACGAGGACGAUUCGCCAUCGUCUCGAGGACUUCUGGCGAGUAUGCUGAGCUUCAAACUCUACAAUGAAACAAUGGAUCUUGGAUUCCCAUUUCUUAGGCUCCAUCGGCAGUCCAGAACUCUUUUGAAGGCUCUCCAUGAGACAUUCAAACCAAUAAGCCCCCCUGGAUCCGAGUUAUUGAUGCAGAAGGAAAAUCUUCCUUCCGUCAUUGUGGCCAUCUUCCAGCUCUGGAACCGACCGGGGCCAGAAUGUAACGAGGCGCUUGCUAAGGCUGCAGAGGUUAUCAACAAAUAUCUUUCUGCUGGUGAAGGCAGAGCCUGCGUCUCGGCUUCUGCGGAGGCAGGUCUUCCCUUUGAAGUUACAUCAGCGCCUGAAGAGAGGGAGGAUGCAUAA